GCAGGCCGCGAUGGAGCCCACGGCCUCGCAGGUCUUCUGCGGGAGAGUGCUGGGCAUGGUCAACACCGAGGACGUCAACGCCAUCAUCCUGGCGCAGAAAAACAUGUUGGAUCGGUUUGAGAAGACCAAUGAGAUGCUGCUCAACUUCAACAACCUGUCGAGCGUCCGCAUGCAGCAGAUGAACGAGAGGUUCCUCCACCACACCAGGACGUUGGUGGAAAUGAAGAAGGAUCUGGAUAGCAUCUUCCGGAGGAUCCGGACACUCAAGGGGAAGCUGGCGAAGCAGUACCCGGAGGCUUUCAGCAACAUCCACGAAUCUCCCAUCCUGGAAGACGACGACGACUUUGACCCUGUCCCCAAAAGCACCACGACCACCAUCGCUACCUCUGAGCAGAGCACGGAGUCCUGUGACACCAGCCCUGAUGUUAUCUCUCCCACCACGAGCCAGGAUUUUGAGGAUUUAUCCCAAGGCCAGUACGACAUGCCGGCCAUGAACGGACAGAGUCUCACAGACGAGGACACUGCCAACGGCCUGGACUAG